UGCGUUUAAUUGUUCUGAUUUUCAAGUGAUAGCUGCUGCUUAAGUAUUGAGUAAAAGUUUGUGAUUUUUGAAGUAAACCGCUCCUAGUAUUGAGAUCAGAGGCCAGGAUGGCGUCCGUUGAUGUCGUUUAUGACAAGUUCCACUUCAGACACGACCCAAAGUGGACGGGUCGGCUGGGACCUCAGGACGGAGGGGGGGUACUGCUGUGUGUAGCCUGUGUUAUCGAAAUGAUGGAGAGUAAAGAAAUCUCGUCUGUGAGGAAGUGUGUGGCUCUGUCCGGUAUCAGUGGGGCGCUGAUAUGUUCUCCUGGAGCUCUUGGCGCCCUGCUCCAGCAAGACCACCGAGUAUGCCUCCACUUCACCGCCUCACUUCUUGGGAUGCUGCGGACCAUGAAGGACCCAGCUGCCCUGGAGCAGGUCAUCCAAGUGUUGGUUCAACUUCUUCUCGAGCUAAAAAGUGACCGUUAUGUCCACCACAUUCUGGAGGACAUAAAGACACAGCUAUGUGACCACCGAUGUGGGCAGAGCCUCCUGCCUACCUUCACCUUCCUGGGCAAGAUGGUGGAGGCCCUCCCCGACCUGGCAGUUCUCCUACUGGCUCAGUAUGUGCCCUUCCUGGAGGGCCUGUGUUCGGCCCUGCUGCACCCUGACCCGGGGCUCAAGGCCUCCCUCUUCUACCUGUGGCACGUGCUGCUGGGCGGGACCUCGCCGGCUGCCAUGGCCGCAGCCUUGUCCCCGCCCCCUGCCCUCCGUGAUCGCCUGUGCAGCACUCUGCUGCAGACCCUCGGCGACGCCUGCACACCAGAACUCACUCUCAACUGUCUGGGCCUACUGAAGCAGCUAGUGCAGUCCAGGGAGGCUGUGUCAUGUCUAAUGAACAGCCAGGCUGCUCCCCCCAGGCCCGAGCAGAACCUCAGCAACACCAGAGACAACCAGGACCCAGAGACGGAGCCCUCUCCUGAACAACGGCUCCUUCCACUCAUCCUCAAAAAGCUGCUGCUGAGUGGGGAUGAGCUGUUGCAGGUGGCCAGUGCUCACUGCAUGGUGGCCGUCCUCGUGCACUCUCCCAGCCAGUACUGCCCCCCCUUUAUCCUCGCUGACCUGCCAGAGUUCCUUUUUGAGCGCGUGUCCAGCACCAGAUCAGAGGUUCUGCUCUGGUCGCUCUACAACUGUCUGCUGCUGCUCUGCAAAGACCCUCUGUUCUACUCACACUGUCACUCUGUCUACGGUAUCGAGGCCCUGGUACGCAGUCUGAAGGAAGCCCUCAGGCUGACUAACCUAGAGGUGCAGACCCAUGGCCUACUGCUGCUUACUGAGAUCCUGGACAGGCAGCCAGAAGGGGUACGGCUCUUCCCCAGUGGUCCAGGGUUCGAAGCAGUGUGUGAAGCAGUGGUCUCUGGUGUCUCCGCCCCCUGUCUGCUGGUGGCCCUGCAGGCUGCCAGUGCUGGCUCCUCCCUUCUCAGGCUGCACCACCAGUCCCGUCCAGUUCAGUUCAGGUCCAUAGAGAAGCUGAUCAAAGCUGUCAGUAACAGAUGUACUGACCUACCUUUGGAUUCUCAUCCACGAAGCGCUUGGAGUGUGAAGAGUGGAGACCCCAGCUCCCGGGUCUCCCGAUCGGGGGCAUUUCUUCUCCAGGCCCUAAUAUGCAUCCAGGCAGCCUGCAGGUUAGCAGAGCAGUGUGUAUCAGAUCCAUUGCUAAAGGAGAAUGUCUUCAUGGCUCCAACCAAUCAGAACGCAGCAGGGGACUCGCUGCAGUCAAUGUGUGUGUGUCUGCUACACUGCUGCGACACAGUCUGCAUCCCUACUGUCACUAGGGUGUGUGAGCGAGCUCCUAACGUCCAAAUGCUGCAGAGUUUCUACCUCAUCCUGUCCUCCCAGUUUACCCUGCUCACCCCCGCCAUGUCCCCUGUCAUGAACCUCUUCGCCUCGAAACUCGCAUCCUCAGGUUUCUACAGAUUAGCUCUGGAACACAAAGCUCUCCUGUGUGUAGGAAACAGAAAUCCAGCUCUGGAGGAGUCAUGCUGUGGAUUUAUACUGAAGCUCAGUUUGUGUCUGCUGUCUCAGUCUAUCCAAGCUUCACGGCACAACGACCUGGAGGAGCUGGAGGCGUUGCUGCUCCGGGGUCUACCCAGGCUAUGCUGCCGGGUGUCAGAGUGGCCCUUGCUGCUAGCCGAGGCCCCUGACCACCCUGACACUACUGGGCCCUGGGCCCCGCAGCACUGCCUGCUCGUCAUCCUCACGCUAGCCAUGGAGCACGGGGACAGGCUCCUCCCAGAUCCCUCUGUGUUCUCAGGUGUGUUGUCCCUACUGCGGUCCAUCCAGGAGCGGGGAGACCGCCCCAUGCCCCACCCCCUGCUCAGAUGUGCCCUUUACCUGCUGGCCGCUACUCACAACAACAGCCCCCCCCUGGACCAGGCGCUGCUGGGCGUGGUGAUCAAAGCCCUGCCGUCGUGUGACAGCCUCCCCGCCGUCUACACCCACCACCCCCCCCUCCUCCACUUCAUCUACCGCUACCCAGAGCUGGCCCAGAGGCUGGGCAGGGGAGUCCUGGAGUUGUGGCUGAGCCCCCAGACCACACCACCCAGACCACUAUCCCAGACCACAGACCCACUGGCUCAGACCCCAGAGCCACCACUCACAGGGGGGCAGGUGGAGGAGGGCCCAGGGGAGGAGGUGAUGGAGGUGAUGGAGCAGCAGCCAGACAUGGAGACCAGAGAGCUUCAGUCUCUGAUGACAGACCGCCCAGCCGCAGUGCUCUCCCUGCUGGACAUGGUGUGUACCGGCGCGGUGCUCCUGGCAGAGCGUGCGGUGGGGGUGCUGGAGGUACUGUUGAGCGACAGGGGGCUCUGUGGGGAGGCUCUGAGUGGCCUGCUGAGGCCAGCCCUGCUGCAAGCGCUGCAGAGGGCCAGCAUGGAGGACCAACACAGGACCACCACCACCUCGGUAGUCUCUCUCCCCCUGGUGCUGCGGCUGCUGUGUGUGGUGCAGGACGCCGCCUCCUUCUCAGACGGCGAUGUGGACGGCCUCCAGUUCAAACUGCUCUACCGUGUGAGUAACCUUGUAGGGAGGGUGAAGACCACCAGCUCAGACAGUCUGCUGCCUGCCCUCAACUACCUCUACUGUAACCUUUCACUCUGUCCCACACACCUUGCUGACAGAGCUGUGUCCAUGCUGCUCUCCAACACGGGGCUGAUAGAGCAGAUCCAGACCGUCAUCUCCUCCUCCUCCUCCUCCUCCUUGUCCACAUCCCCCUGCUCGGCUCUGGUGUGCUGCUCUCGCCUGCUCCUGUCAUCCCUUGUAACCUUGCAACACCUUCACUCAUCCCAGGUUCAUAAGAGGAUCAUCUGGAGGUUGGAAAGCCCAAUCCAGCAGCUGGUCUUUCAGAAAAGAAACACAGACACACUUCUUCUAGCCAGUUCUCUCAGGCUCCUCCAGUCCCUCCUAGAAGUGGACCUGAGGUCUCCCCUGGUAUGUGUGACCACAGGCACCUGGCUGACCGGCCCCCGGCCCCUAGAGGCCUCAGACAGCUGCCUGUACCCACUGGGGGCCCGCGGAGCACGCAGCCUGGCCACUGCCCUAUACGGACUUGUGCUUCAGAAGCAGGAUGUGUUGCUGAGAGCUUCUGUCAACUGUCUCCGUGCACUGCUGGACUUCCUGCAGAGACGCAGUCCCACUACUGCCCAGUAUGUGGUGCAGCAGCCAUGGAACCGUCUGCUUGUCUAUUCGCUGCUCAGCUCAGGAGAGAGAGUCCUGCUGCACCCUGCCUCACUCACCCUUCUCAGCCUGCUGCUUCAGCAAGGGGGCGGGGCCAUAAUGGGCGGGGCUGAGGUUGGACAGGUGAUGAAGGUUCUGGAGGGACAGAGCGUCAUGGAGCUUGGACAGGAGGCAGAACACACCCUACACCUCCUGCUCAUACAGCUUCAGAACUCUGUGGGAUUGUCCCUGACGGAGGAACUCAGAGAGAGGGUGAGAACGAUGAGCAUGUCCCUGGCCGAAAGGGGCCCCCCCACCCCCAAAGGUCCAUCUGCCAGCAUACUUCGGGUGGGAGACGUGUCCAUCUGCCUAUCUGACUUCAACAUGACAACCGUCUCCGUUCAGAGGUCGAAGAACUCGUGAUUUAUUUGAUGUUUGUCUGUUAACUCAAGUCAGCCAAACAAAUACUUGUUGUAUGUUGAUAUAUAUUUCUUUAUUUAAAUAAAAAUGUUGACAUUUGUUUAACAAUUAUUAUUAUAGUAAAUAUAAUUGGCCAUGAAUAUUGUGAAUCAAGUUUCCCAAACG